AUCUCCAAUGUUCAAUUCUCUUUUCUUCCCUGUCGUCGGCUUUUUUGGAAGCUUCCAUAUCGCAUUCUCAUGGCGACUGUUGGGAAUGCGGCCCGGCAGAUACGAGAUCGGGCUCUUCGAGAGAGAUCGAUUCGCGUGCUCGUAUCGCCAACGCCAAUCUCCUUCGCCGAGCGUCGCUCAGUUCUGCAGGUGCUGGAGCAAUAUGGCCCUGUCGAGUUCUUCAAGAUGACUCCCGGCUACUACGCCAACUUUGUGUCUAUAACGAGAGAGCCCUCGACCGCCGAAAGAUUGGUAGCCAGCAGCCCCCUAACAUACAAGAUCACGGAGCCUGUCCGCAGCGCGGUGGAAGACAUUUACGUUGCAGAUCUAAACGAACCAGAGAGCUUUAGCACCAUGCAGCCGACAAUAACUGGGCAACAGACGAGCGGCGCGAACUCAUGGUCUGACGGCGCGGGACAGGGACAAGAUCAGGGACGAGAAGCGGAACUAAAGCAAGGGGAGCGAGAGUUCAAACUGGAAAUCUUCCCUGCGCCCGAGUACAAUCAUAGAUUUGCCAUGGCCGGUUCACCGCUGCACGGCAUCUGGAACGAUGGCUACGAACAGGACCAAUCCUUCAUUGCGACGACGCUAAGGCAAUCGCUGCCCAAGAGCAUCGCUAGCGAGGGGCUUGUGCACUGGAUGGUGAGCGGCAUGAAGACGCGAGGAGGGCGGCGGAUGAAGAGGCUGCAGAUCAAGGAAUGGCUUCCCAGCUACAUGAAGAAGGGCUCGACUGAGUAAGAGUAAGCCAGCGACACCAUGCCGCGCUAUUACUAGAUGCGCGGAAAGCUGCGACAGGUGCUACGACAAUAAGGAGGACGAUGCUGGCCCUCGUCCCGCAAUGAAUGCGACAUGACUGAGACCAGACGGCCUGAAUUUUACCGGCGACAAUGGAUGCAAGGCGGUAUUGCAAAUUGCAAGAGGCUGGUGGUCGCACAAGAUGUCACUGCAUUCAAGAAGUCGUUGUCUCAAAGGUGACGCCAAUUAAUUUCCAAAGCCAAGGCAGGGAAACAAACAAACACCAACCAAGCGCGAUUGGGCAAUUGAGGGUUCCCAAAAAUGGAACAAAAGCGCUGGAAAACCAACGUUGAAGACAGUUUUGAGGGAUGAACCAUAACCUAAUUCAGAAGUUGAUGAUGAUGGAUCUGC